CAUAGCGGACCGGGCAAGAAGAGGGGGAAGGAGGACCCCCGCAGGCGGCUCCCUUCCCUCAUCCCACUCCUAAUCCGUUUUAGAGCAGGCGGGGGUGAGGGGGCCCGCAGUGCGACGGUGAGACGUAGACAGAUGCGUUCUGAAGUGAUCCACUCACACUCCAGGCUCUGAAGACAAACUGACCCGGACCAAAAGAGGUCCCUGUUGUUCCCAGCGCACCUUGACACCUGAAAAGGAGGGUCGACCAGCUCAGGAUCCCUGCGGGACAGGAAAAGGAGGGAAACCUUGACAUGGAAGAACUCCACGGUGAAAACGAAGGCAAGCUGGAAAAGGAGGGAAAGCCAGAAGAUGAAGUAGAGCCUGAAGAUGAAGAAAAGUCAGAUGAGGAAGAGAAGCCGGACAAGAAAGCAAAGCCAGCGCGCCAGGGCAAGCUAGAGGAGGCGGCAAAGCCAGAUGAGCAGGGGCAAGAUGAGGGGAAGCCUGAGAAGCAGGGAAAGUCUGACGGGGAGGGCAAGCACCAAGGGGAGAGCAAGCCCGAUUCCCAGGCAAAGUCAGCCAGCGAGGCGCGAGCUGCAGAAAAGCGCCCCGCUGAAGAUUAUGUGCCCCGGAAAGCAAAGCGAAAAACAGAUAGGGGGACAGAUGAUUCUCCCAAGAACUCCCAGGAGGACUUACAGGACAGGCAUGUGAGCAGUGAGGAGGCGAUGAGAGAGUGUGCAGAUAUGACAAGGGCUCAGGAAGAGCUGAGGAAGAGGCAGAAAAUGGGUGGUUUUCACUGGGUACCAAGAGAUGCACAGGAGGCUUUAGUCCCCAGGGGCCAACGGGGAGUCAGGGGGAUGAGGGGCGGCGGAGGCAGGAGCCAGAGGGGCCUCCAUGACAUCCCAUACCUUUAAUGCCUUUGGCCUUCAAUUCUGACCUCUCUGAGGAGAAAGAACACUGCUGGCCCUGCUUUCCCUGGUAACUACUUGCCGGGCCUGUGCUUUAUUUAACCUUCAGCCGAAACUCUGCUUUAGGUAUCACUGUCCUUACCAGCAGCCUUCUGACCCAACUACAGUGCUCUCUCUUUUAGUACAGGAUUUUCACCCAUGUGCAUGUACAUUGUAAAAUAACAAUAAAAAGUUUGCAGAACUACA